AUGGCGGCGGACCGGAGCCUUAAUGAGCGCGCGGAGGGGCUGGUGCCGAGGUUUGAGCUCGAGAGGGUGCUUAAUCAAGACCAGGCCGGCCGCCGGACCAGCAUGUACGGCACCAUCGACGGCCAGCCCGCCCUGCUGGUCCUCGAGCGCGCGCCCUUCCCCGCCUCCGAGGCGUACCUGGGCCGCCUGCCGCGCAGCCUCGCGCGGCUGCGCAACCUGGGUGCCAACGACGUCUACAGCUGGAGCAUGGCGCGGACGGGCAGCCCGGACCACGAUGGUGACAACAAGAGCGGCAGCAACAACGGCGGCGACGACUUCUUCGCGGACCUCAAGAUCAACCUGAUAUACCCGUGCACCGAGACGCACGUCAAAAAGUACAGCAAGCAGGGCGUGCGCUUCGUCACCGAGACGCCCGACAUCUACAGCAAGCAGAUCCGGCCGUACAUGCAGGCCAAGCGCGAGCAGGGUCGGCUCAACUGGGUGUUUAACAUUAUAGAGGGCAGGACCGAGGUCGACGACGUUAUUUACAGGACAAAGCUGGGCGAGGCCGGCGACGAGGGCUUCCUGCUCCUGCCCGACCUCAACUGGGACCGCAGCACCCUCGAUGCGCUGCACUUGCUGGCGCUUGUCGAGCGGCGCGACAUCUGGUCCCUGCGCGACCUCAGGAAGAAACACAUCCCGUGGCUCGAGCACAUGCGCGCCAAGCUUGUCUCGGCCACGACGUCGACGUACCCGACCGUGGAACCGGACCAGCUCAAGCUGUACGUGCACUACCAACCGACCUACUACCACUUCCACAUCCAUAUUGUGCACGUGGCACUCGAGGCGGGAGCCACGCAGGCUACGGGCAAGGCCGUCGGUCUCGACAGCAUCAUCGAGACCCUCAAGGCCAUGGCGGGGGGCGACGAGGCGGGUAUGGACGGCCUGUCCAUGACCUACACGCUAGGAGAGGCGAGCGAACUGUGGAAAGACGUGUUUGAGCCCAUCAAGAAGUGCGGGCAAGCUUCUCAAUAG